AUGGACCCAUUGAUCGACUUUCUGAUACAAACACGUCUAUCGAAUAUGGGCCAGAAUGGCGUCACUAUUGAGGACGACGAACCCUUUUUCGUGGCAGACUUGGGCCAAGUGAUUCGCCAGCAUCGUUGCUGGAAGCGUAACCUGCCAGAUGUCCAUCCUUUUUACGCUGUGAAAUGCAACUCCGACCCAAACCUCCUUCGACUCCUUGCCGAGCUCGGGACCGGUUUUGACUGUGCUUCUAUCGAAGAGCUCCGCAGUGUUCUGGCUCUGGGCGUCGAUCCCGCACGCAUAAUCUUCGCAAACCCGUGUAAGGCAGCUUCAUCUUUGGUAUUCGCACAAAGGGCGGGCGUCUCUUGGACGACGUUUGACAACCUCGACGAGCUCGACACCAUCAAAAGAUACCACCCCAACGCACUGCUCGCGCUUCGCAUCUUUGCAAGCGACAGCGAUGCGCUCAUCGACCUGAGCAAGAAAUAUGGUGCACCGAUCGAUUCCACAUGGCGACUUCUACAACGCGCCCAAGCACUCGGGCUUGAGGUGUCCGGAGUUAGUUUCCACGUCGGAACGGGUGCCUCAAACCUCGCAUCGUAUAUCAAAGCAAUCCAACAAGCCAAGACAGUAGUAGAACAAGGAAAAGCCCUCGGAUUCGUGAUCAACGUCCUCGACAUCGGCGGCGGCUUCCAAGAUUCCAACUUCGAGAAAUUCGUGCCCAAGCUACAAGCAGCCCUGAGAAGGGAAUUUCCCACAGGGAUGCGCUUCAUGGCCGAGCCGGGCCGCUACUACGCGCGCAGUGCCUACACCCUUGUCUGUAAGGUCAUUUCCCGGCGGCUGCAGACGGGCGCACAGCCUGAACCGGACAUGCUGUACCAAAAUGACGGGGUGUACGGGAGUUUCAUGAACGUAUUGAUCGAAAAAGAGGUGUUACACCCGUCGCUGGUAUCCAGUGGUUUCCAUUCCUUGGAAGGAGGGAGCAAGCGACACAAGGGAAAGCGUCGCUAUUCUAUAUGGGGCCCGACCUGCGAUAGUACCGAUCGUGUCGUGAAGGAGAUGGACAUGGAGUCUGAGGUUAAAGUGGGGGAUUGGCUCAAGUAUACGCAUAUGGGUGCUUAUACUACGGCCACCGCUACUCAAUUCAAUGGGUUUCCCAGCCACCGCCAUGUUACUUAUCUUAACAGUGAGCUGAUUGGGCAUAGGAAAAGCCGAAAAAGCAUGUUGGAGCAUUUGUACGGCGGUUGGACGUACAAAGAUGCUAUUCUACCUAUUCCUGUCCGCUACGACGCCAGCGAUACGCAGUGA